AAACCAAACAAAAGCUAAUAAUCUAUUCACAUUCUGAUUCUUUUAUCGCACAUAUACGACUAUCGAUGCUGCUAUGGUUUCCAUUCCUGAGUUGCACUCUAACUUCUUCAUAAUCUCUUUAUCGUUAAAUCAUUACCAGUCUGUGCCGCAAGGAUUCAGGCAAUCGAAGGGUUUGAGCUUAUUGUUGGUGAAUUCGAGAAUCAAUAGAAACAAGCACACAAGAAUUUUCAUGGAGAUGCAGGGAAAUGGAAGUCCAACGACAAGUAAUCAGUCUACAAUUAACAUUCCACAUGUACUGACUGUUGCUGGCUCUGAUUCGGGUGCUGGCGCUGGAAUCCAAGCAGACCUUAAGGCUUGUGCUGCUCGUGGAGUGUACUGCUCUACUGUCAUAACUGCUGUUACUGCACAGAACACUGUUGGGGUUCAGGGUGUAAACGUUGUGCCUGAGGAUUUUGUUGCAGAGCAGAUGAAGUCUGUGCUAUCUGAUAUGCAUGUUGAUGUGGUGAAAACUGGUAUGUUACCUUCGAUUGGUAUAGUCAAGAUUCUUCAUCAACAUCUUAGGGAGUAUCCUGUUCGAGCUUUAGUGGUUGAUCCUGUUAUGGUGUCUACAAGUGGAGAUGUAUUGGCUGGUCCUUCUGUUCUUGCUGGGUUCAGAGAGGACCUUCUUCCUAUGGCCGACAUCAUAACUCCAAAUUUAAAAGAGGCGUCUGCUUUACUUGAUGGCGUGAAAAUAAAAACAGUUUCUGACAUGCGUUCUGCUGCAAAAUUGUUACAUGAUAUGGGCGUACGAAAUGUUCUUGUCAAAGGUGGAGACCUGCCUGAUUCAUUGGAUGCUGUUGAUAUCUUCUUUGAUGGUGAGCACUUAUAUGAGCUGCGUUCUUCACGCAUAAAAACUCGUAAUACACAUGGUACUGGUUGCACUUUGGCUUCAUGUAUUGCAGCUGAGCUGGCUAAAGGUGCUUCAAUGCUCGAGGCUGUUAAGGUAGCUAAAUGCUUUGUUGAGACUGCCUUGGAUUACAGCAAAGAGAUUUUCAUUGGAAAUGGUCCCCAGGGCCCCUUCGAUCACCUAAUGAAGCUUAAGAGUAACGCUCACAAUUCUGGUAGACAAGUCAGAUUCAAUCCUAGCGACCUAUUCUUGUAUGCUGUUACAGAUUCAGGUAUGAAUAGAAGGUGGGGUCAUUCUAUCUCAGAUGCUGUUAAAGCUGCUGUACAAGGAGGCGCCACCAUUGUCCAACUGAGAGAAAAGGAUAUUGAUACACGGGAUUUUGUCGAAGCAGCCAAGUCAUGUCUCCAAAUUUGCCGUGCCCAUGGAGUUCCAUUACUAAUAAAUGAUCGUAUUGAUGUUGCACUUGCUUGUGAUGCUGACGGUGUGCAUAUUGGCCAGUCUGACAUGCCAGCACAUACUGCACGUGCUCUCCUUGGACCUGAAAAGAUAAUUGGUGUCUCUUGCAAGACACCAGAGCAAGCAGAGCAAGCAUGGAUUGCUGGCGCUGAUUACAUUGGUUGUGGCGGUGUAUAUCCAACUAAUACAAAGGCAAACAAUCUCACUGUUGGCUUGGACGGUCUGAAAACUGUUUGUUUGGCUUCUAAGUUACCUGUGGUUGCAAUUGGCGGGAUCAAAGUUUCAAAUGCACGUCCGGUGAUGGAAAUUGGUGUACCAAACCUGAAAGGUGUUGCAGUUGUAUCUGCUAUAUUUGAUAGCGAAUGUGUGUUGACAGAAACUAGGAAGUUGCAUGCAGUGCUAACAGAGGCGACAGCAGCAGUGAAGUGAAACAUACCCGGAUAAGGCUUUGUCACAAAUUUCUCUAAAGUUUGAGUAUCAUAAUGGCUUUGGAGAUUGCGGCACUAGCAUGAUUAUGAUGUUCACUUUUCUUGUCAGUGGUUACAGAAGGCAACCCAUACUCACUAUUUUUUGAGUUCUCUGCACCUAAAUUUUAUAUAUUUUGCUUAGUCAGCAUGGGCGUUUGCUUGCUCAGUAUGGACAUUUGCCUUUUGUAAUAUUUACACAAGGUCGUUCUGUAAUGAUGCAAUGUGAUAUACUGCUCUUAAUUAAUUGAUGACAGCCCGCCAUGUGCUUCGCUUC